AUGAAAGAUGAGGAUUUACGACCUAUAGCAUUUCUACCUGUCCUGUCGAAGAUUUAUGAAAAAAUUGUGGCCAUACAAAUGGUCCACUUUCUUGAAAUGAAUAAAAUCCUGGAUGAAAGAAUCGUUGGAUACCACAAAGGACACUCUACUACAACAGCCCUUCUCCAAAUUUGUGAUGACAUCAUCCGCGCUAUGAAGGAAGGAGAAUUGACACUUAUGGUAAUGGCAGAUUAUUCAAAAGCAUUUGACACUGUAAAUUUUAAAACCGUGCUUCGUAAAAUGCAUCAUCUUGGGUUCUCCAAUAACUUUAUGAAAUGGACGGCUAACUAUUUAUCCAAUCGUAGACAAUUGGUCCAGAUUGAUGACCAUCAGUCAAAACCUGCCAUUACCCAUUUCUGUGUUCCACAAGGCUCCAUACUAGGACCAAUAAUAUUCAAUAUAUAUGUGUCUGAUCUUAAAAAAUCCAUUCAUCCUGCCUGA